AUGUUAGAUUCAAAAGAAGAUCGGUUGGCUAAAAAGAGAUUGUCUGAACGACGUCGGAAAGCUCGCAUUAAGAGUGAUACAGAGCUUUACGCAGUGCACAAAGAGAAAGAUAGACAACGGUAUUAUAAAAGGAAGAAUGAAGGAAAGAUAAAGUCUGUAAGUGAAUUAGAUCCUCGUCAACAACGAAUUUUUAGAGAGAGAAGUAGAAUAUCUUCCAACAAACACAAUUUGAAAAGAAGGCGUAAAGAAAUGAGGUGUCUUGAAGAGGAUUUAAUAAUCGUACCAGAAGUAACCGACAAAACUGACGAUCCUUUGGUGACUUCACAAUCACAAACAAUACGAUCAGAAUUGCUUCAAACUGAAGCAAGUUCCUAUGUUGAUUUGCUACCAUCAAGUUCAUCCGUCAUUUCAUUUGCUUUAACUCAGCGUAUUAAGGCUUAUCGAGGCUCGUCAGCACCAUUGAGUCCGUCUAGUGACGUAAAUAAAAUUUCAAAGCCAUGUACAAGAUCAUCAGUUCGUGUGAUUGAAAAGGAGUUUCCUCCAACUCCAAAAGCUAACAAGAAACUGAAUACCAAAGUUAUCACACGUAGACUUAAAUACAGCAUGAACAAAAUAUAUCAGUUAGAGAAAGAGAAGAUUAAUCAAUUGAAGACUGUCAACGAACGACAGCGAAAACAGAUAUAUAGACUAAAAUACCAAAGUGCUAAAUUAAGAGAAUAUGAACAUAUAAGUAAAAAUAAUACUGAAGAUAUUAAACAAAGUGAAUCAGACACUAUAAAAGAAUUAAAAAUAAUGUGGAAGAGGACAUCAAAACUUUUCUUGAAGAAGAUGAAAACAGUCGUAUGUGUUCUGGGAAGAAAGAGUUACCCAGAAAAAGAAUAA